AUGGCACAAUCGGAUUUCGAACCAUUCAAGCUCGAAAUCGAGCGUCUGUACAUCCAUGAGGACAAAACAUUGCCCUGUGUGAUGGAGUACAUGACGUCCAAAUACUCUUUGACCAAGUCCUCAGGCCAGUACAGCCGCCAACUCAAGAAAUGGGGAUUUGUCAAGGGCCACAUUAAGACGGAUGAGUGGAAGUGGAUUGGAAACAAGCUGAACAAAAGAAAGCUGAACGAGAACAAGGAAAGCGAAUUCCACAGUGGUGAAGAGCAGAUUCAGGUACCAAGGCUCAAGAAGGCAAAGUAUAGAGAUGCCUAUGUUUCGACCAUAGCCAAGUUUUCUACUGCUCCUUCCCCGAAGACCCCAGAAGGUUUCUUUGUUUGCACCCCAGCAUCUCCAGGGAUGGAUCUUAUCUGGAAUGCGUCACUCCCAUGGCUGCGCUUCAUCAAACUUGUGCGUCCCACGGAUAAUGAAGAAGCACCAUCUCCGUCCUCGUCCCUGACAAUAUCUCCCCUUCGCGGUGCAGAUGCGUUCUCUCGUACCGCCAACCGCGAACUUAUGGGUUGCCUGAGCAAAAUCAUACCCUGGAAUAAACUAAGCGACCCCCCGAAUAUAUAUAGUACUUCUCGGACAUCGGCAGCUUUGAGCAUACUCAUGCCGGAGGAGUUCCAGGGUCAGCACGAUGCUUUGUCGACCGAUUUGAACAGCUCUAAAAUCAAGGGAACGGAUCGCAUACCCCUAGAGCUUUUUCUUCUUUCAAACAACAUCACUUCGCAAGAUCCAGCAAGGCAAACUGGCAGAGGUAUCAGUGCGAACGACGAGCGGGUGAUGCAAAUGGUGAACGACUAUGGCUGGAAGAACUUGAAGCACAUUCAGAUCCUUUUAGGAACUGGUGAGACAACUGCUGAAGCUAUAGCGGAAAAUGUGUUUGCAAGCGCAUUGAGACUACACGAUGUAGACGCGGUGAAGAUCAUGCUCGAAGCCAACAUGGAUCCAAACAUCCCACUGAUUAAGUCAAUCUUUUUCGACGCUCUCUUGACACCUCUUCAAUUCGCCGCAGGAAGCGAUCAUGAAAGGAGUGAGGAACUUGUCAAUCUUCUUAUAUCCUAUGGGGCGGAUGUGAAUGACUCGGCCAAUGAUCACCCACCUUUGUUUUAUGCAAUCAACAACCGUGAGGACGAAAUCAUACGUGCUCUUAUGUUUCGUGGUGCUAUUGUAACACCAUAUUGCCUUUAUACUGCCACACGUUUGACGGAUAUCAAAGUCUUCACGGACAUCGCCGAUUCCUGUUCUGAUGUGAACGCAGGCGGAUCCCAGAACUGUGCUCUUGCAGGGGCCGUCAAGCAAUGCAAUAUCCCAAUGAUUGAAAUUUUACUCGCCAAAGGUGCCUUUAUAAAUGAUCUGGUCACUAUCGAUUUCGAGAGUGACAAAGAGAUGACCACUAUCUUGGGAAUUGGCGCUCAGUCAGGAUCUAUCGAUGUUAUACGUGCCUUGCUGUUGGGCUGCGAUGAGAUAAACCCUGACUUCGAUAGUCUGACUUAUGUUUCGCACCUUGUACUAGCGGUGCAAAAAGGAAAUAUUAAGACCACGCAGGCUCUACUGCAGGCUGGGAAAAAUGACUCCUCAGCUCUUCUCAAUGCGCUCGAGCAGAGUUCGCCUGAACUUGUUGAGCUCUUGAUCAGCGCAGGCGCACGCCCCAACGAUGAAUACUCUAAGCGGCCUUACACUGCACUUGGAGCUGCCGUUGAACAUGGCGAUGAAUUAUUAAUUAACAUUCUCUCCGCUGCCGGAGCUACAUUUGUGGGAACCAAACUACAAAAAAUUGGCAAUUUACGUACUGCGAUGUACCUGCAGGAAAUUGGAGUUCUUCAAGCUGUUUUGAGGGUAUCAGGCCCCGUCAUCCUUGCUGCUGCUUUAUCUGCGGAGAAGGCCGAUCUAGCUCAGUACUUGCUGGAGCAUAAUGCUGACUACAAAGGCCUGGUGGACAAUGAAGACCCUCCCCUCUUCGAGCAGACUCCAUUGGAAGCAGCAAUUGGCGCGUGGGAUUUUAUACUUGCAGAAAAGCUUUUGGAACGCGGCGCAAAUGUUACAGACGUUGCUCUUGGAUGUGCUCUAGGCACAGAUCCUGUAUUUCUGCGACUCUUACUGUGCAGGUUUCGUGGAAGUGCCCCGAAUACGGUAGGAAUCGCAGUCUUGCACAAUGCAUCCCUACAACUGCUUCGACAGCUUCAGGAGGCAGGAGUGGAUCCCACUGGGGUACCAGAGGGCCUCCAGAAUAUUAGCGAUUCAUCCAGUCUUAACCUGCCGCCACCAGAGUCGGUACUCGAAAUAGCAGUGUUCGAAGGGAAGAGGGAGGAGUUACAACUCCUGCUUCAAUGGAUGCCCUGGAGUCCAAGGCAGACCGGUCGCGCCUUGACAUUAGCGACACUUUUGAAUAGGGAUAAUAUCGCAGAAGACAUACUGCCCUUCGAUCCUGAUCUGAAUCAGGAGAUUACCGUCCAAUACGCCUGGGGCAACGACUUUAGAGCAUACGAAGGAGAGCAAGAAACAUACACUCCCCUCCAAGCUGCAGUCAACAGACAGAGGAUCCCGAUCGCACGCGCAUUGAUGGAAAAAGUUGAUGUCAACUAUCUUGGUCCUGGAGCUCGCCGUCGGACAGCAUUACAACAUGCCGUUGAAAAUGGAAACAUGGAGCUUGUCAACCUAUUAAUCUCAGAGCACGGAGCUAGGAUUGAUAGCCCUCCUGCCACGGAUGGCGGCGCUACUGAAUUGCAGAUUGCGUCCCUCAAAGGCUACAUUGGUAUUGCAAGGAGACUACUUGACCUAGGAGCAGAUGUCAAUGAAGAUCCCGCAGAGUACAACGGACGUACGGCUUUGCAGGGAGCGGCAGAACGCGGUCGAAUUGACAUGCUACACAUUCUGCUGGACGAAGGAGCGUUGAUAGUUGGUGAAGGUGAACCGCAGUAUCAUAAGGCUGUGGAGCUAGCAGAACUAAAUGGACACUACGCCGCUGCCAGGAUGCUGAGGUCUUGGAGGGACUCUGUGUAUUUGAAUCCAUCGGCGGUUUGA